AUGGACGACUUCGAUGCUCUUGUAAUAGUGCUUGACACUGCGCCGCUUCGUCCGACCGCUGCCCGGCCCCCUGAGGCUGCAGAGUUUAUCCGUCAGUUCUUGACCGAUGGCGAGGUUGUGAAGCUGGAUCAAGAGUUCGACUCAUCAUGCGAGCCAAACAAGCAAGUCAUGUGGACCGGAAUCACUUGUGAGGCGGCACAGAAAUGGGCGGACCACAGGGGCAUGCAGACGCUGUCGACAGCCAUGGGGCCGUUACGAACGCGCGACGCAUUGCGAAAGCGCCUCGGGAAGAAUGGGAUGACCAAAUACAUGAGAGGCGCGUCAGCCGAAUUUGCGUGGUAUAUUGCGAGCACCAGUCAUGUCGUGACAGUCAUCUGCCCACCGCCUCCGCAGCGAUUUAACCCAAAUGGCGGAACGAACAUGCAACUGGUCGAACUGCCAAUAUUGACUGGCAUAGUUGGCGGCCGCGCCGUUGCAAAAAUCAUUGCUAUUCACCCUACGGUUCCAGAAGCUGUGGACUUCCGGUACCAGUUAUGGCCAAUCGACAAGUGUGACAUCUGGCGGAAGAACCAUGUCCAAAACGUCGACGGAGUGACACAAUGGCUGCGGCGAUCAAGAAAGGCCACCGUUACACGAAUUGAAGAAAGGCUGCGCUUGAUCCUGAACGGAACCAACGAUAUGGUGGCUUUGGAAGCAAUAUUGCCUCGAGACACAGCUGCAAGCACAGCAGCGACCUGGGGAGAGACGAGGAUGGCAACAAAUACGGCGUCAACGAGUAACAGGAGCAAGACGGAGGGAAAGAAGAAAGCGACGGACGAAAAGCAACGGGUGAAGGCAGCGCCAACGGCCUUGACGGAUGUCGAAGAUGAAGAUGGCGCAAAAUCAAAGAUGAAAUCCCAAACGACAACGAUGACAGCACCAACGACGAAGGCCAAGAAAGAGAUCAAGAAUGAGACCAAGAAAGAAGCCAAGAAAAACAUCAAAACGAAUGAGAAAACCAUCACGGAAACGACCAAAGUUGAGCCCCCAAAUAAAUCCAGGGCGAUGGCCAGGGGAGAAACCGAAAGAAAAGCCAAAGAAACGGCCAAAAACAUGAAAGAAAAGUCCAAAGAAAAAUCCAAGAAGAAACCAAAGCAAUAUCCCAAGGAAACCAACCGAUGCAGACAACACCAAAGCCCCGUCAAGGCACAGAAUGAGUUUGCCGGAGCGGGUGAGCGCCUCCGGCCGCACGGCAACAAGACCGUGGCAGGUGGUCGUGAUUCGCUCUCUCUCAAGACCAGCGAGCCGAUGCCUUCUUGA